CGUGAUUUCUUCACCAGGCUCCUGGAUGAGGGCAGCCCAUUGAGAAGGACAUGCACAUGUACUACGAACUCUGAUCCAGGAGCGGUCUCACAACAUCCUCAUAGCUUGCCAUCAAAUAACUGUUGUUAACAUCAGCGCACACACUUCCUGCUGCUGGUGUCACAUGACCCAGCGUUGUGUGUGUGUGUGGGAGGAAGCAGGUUGGGUCGAGACCAGAUAGCAGCCGCGAUGAACACGUCCGCCAGCCGAGGACAGCUAAAGCUUCGGACCACAGAGACACUGGACUGAGAUGCUGUGAUCAUCCGUCGCAGAAAACACAAACACAAUGCAUGUGGAGAGGUUGGCGUAAAUAAGGCAGCACAGCAAAGCAAGACAGGAGUGCAUCUGUGGUCCAGAUGAAGUGCUUCCUGAUAGCCAGUGACAGCGCCGAAGUCCUCUUCCACUGGACUGACCCAGAAUUUCAGCAGAAUGUCCAGCAGCAGUAUGGGGCGUCUCAAGAGGACGGCCAGGGGCUUCCAGCCUUCGAGGACAGCAUCAGCACUCUGUUUGCUCCCAUUAUUAUCUCCUGCAUUACCAUGGUGGACAGGCUGGGUGAAAGCUACACCUCCUUCACCACAGAAAACAACCAUAUCUACAUCCUACACAAGUUCGACGAGUGUCUCUACAUUGCUGUGAAUGGAGACGGUGAGGAGGGAGAGGGUGAACUGAGGAGGAAGAUCUAUGUGAUGAAGAAGAUGAUCGAGGUCAUGUUUGGCAUGGUCACCCUCAGCAGUAACCUCCUCAGGAGAGAGCUGCGUCCUCAGGACACGGAGCAAAGAGAGCGGCUGUGGAAGCUUCUCCAGAGCCUGCUGGAGACCUACAGCCACCUCCGAGAGAACGACCAGAGCUUCUUAGUGGAGGCAGUGGAGAGGCUGAUCCACCCCACGCUGUGUGAGCAGUGCAUCGAGUUCCUGGAGCGCCGUUUAGUUCAGCAGCUGAACAGCAGUGUAGAGCGAGCAGGAGAGGAGGUGAUGCACGCCUUCAUCCUGGUUCACACCAAGCUCCUCGCAUUCUACUCCAGCCGCAAUGCGAGCACACUCUCCACCUCAGACCUCCUGGCCAUCAUCAUCAUGGCACAGAAUAUGUAUCCUAGCAACACAGACCUGGAUGAUCCAAAUCCUGAGGAUGUUGAGAGUACAUCCGGCUCUGGUCAUGAAAGCUUUUACACUCCAGAGCCCUCCCCUACAGACAGGGACUCGAGCAGUUCAGGAGACAAGCCGGUGAGAGGAAGUACACCUGUGUUUGAGUUUGUGGACCCUGACGUCCAGAUGGCAGAGGACAGCUUGCAGACUCUGGAAGUUCCUCCGCCCGACCCUUCAACCCCUCGCAGAGUCUUCCUAGAGGUGUCACUUAAAGAUGGGCUGUAUCCCAUGAUGCCUCACUCUAUGUACUGUCUGCCACUGUGGCCUGGCAUCACACUUGUGCUGCUUACAAAGAUUCCCACCAGUGCAGUGGCCAUGUCAGUGUACACGUUUUUGGAGGCCUUUGCCAAACUGGAGAAACGUCUAGAUGAAGGCCAAGAAGGAUCUGCUGCUACUAGAGGCCAUCCGACUAUCCAUGAAGUCCGCAACAAACUUGAUAAAUUUAUCAAAGCCCUAGGGCCAAGUGAGAUACAGUCUGGGCAGUUACAAAGGGACUGGACAGAGUUCAAGAACUUAGCCUUCGCCAGAGGAGGACCGGGGUUCAACAAAGAUCUCAUUUUAUCGUGUAGGAAGAUGAAGACUCAGCUGUGUGGGAUAUACAGACAGUGUUUCCUCCUUGAGUAUGGACCAAGUGACAUUCCUCAACGUCUCUCCCCCGGUCUGCAGGAACGAGCCCAGACCAUGGUGAAAGAGAAACUGAUGGACUGGAAGGACUUCCUGUUGGUGAAAAGCAGAAGGAAUAUCACUAUGGUGUCGUACCUGGAGGAUUUCCCAGGCCUCAUCCAUUUUAUCUGCGUGGACCGGUCCACCGGCCAAAUGAUUGCGCCAUCGCUCAGCAUGACGGAACGCAACACGUCUGAGCUAGGGAAGGGACCAGUGGCUAAGUUCAUCAAAAGCAAGGUGUGGAGCCUGGUCAACACAACACAGGGUUAUCUCCAGAAGGGUUACUCUACAGUAACAUUGCGAGACGGAGACUUCUACUUCUGCUACUUCCUCUGGUUUGAAAAUGAAACCGGCUUCAAGUUAGAGGCAGGGGACAUACCCAUCCUUCCGGAUGACUCUGCCCCCAUUGGGAUGCUUGCCUGGGACUACUACAGGAAGCUGCUCCGGUACUACAGCAAGAAUCACCAGGGUGAGGUAGUGAAGUGUUACGAGCUGCUGACAGUUCACCUGGGGGUCAUCCCCGCUGAGAUCAUCCUCCAGCACUGCAGACAUCUGGCAAGCAAACUGUGGGAGCCUUCACGCAAUCCACUGCUGUAG